UAUUUUGACAUUUCUUAAACUGUUAACAUAAUAAAAAAUAAUUUCAUGGAAAUGAAUUUUGACUACGUAACAAUUACUCUUCAUGCAGUUGUUAUGAUUAGUCAUAUUUUGGCGUCUUGUGGUAAUUUUGGAUCAAUCUUUGGAUGCUCAUGGUGGACCUAUAACGAUCCCAGUUACAUUUAUGAAUUCGGUAUUCUUCAAGAGUGUGUUACAAGCUCAAAGAACUUUACAAGAAAAUGCACAUUUAGGAAAACUCUUUUUAUGUUCAACGUUUUAUUGGAAGAUGAAGAUUUGAUACCGGAUAUUAUACUAGUAUUAUUUUUCGCUGCUAUUGCUUUUAACAUUGUGGCACUUUUCAGUAGCAUAUUUUUAUGUUUCCAAUGGAAAAAUAAAGAAACAUGGCGAAUACUUUGCGUGAUAAUUUCAACUUUUGGAAUGUUAGGAGGUCAAAGUAAUGCUACUGGGAUGGUGUAUGCUCAAAUUUUGACUAAUAAAAUGUCUGCAAUACAUGGCGGUUGGACUCUUAUUCUAUCUUGGGUUACCACUGUUAUUCAUCUAGUGGCAGCAAUUCUGAGUUACUGUAUACUUCGCUUUCCACCGAUUGGUCAUCGUGAAGGAAGAGUAAUUUUAAGAAUCAAUGAUAUGUCUCUAAGUGAUAAAAAUUCCGAUAAAAGUAUGGAAAAUAAAAAUAACAUUGAAACUGAGAACAAUGAUGAUAAAAAAUUCUUUGAUGAUAGAGGAUUUGUUAUGUACUAAGCUAUUUCAAUAAAAUUCAAUCGGGAUAUAAAAAUUUAUAAACAGGAAGAUUAUUUG